AUGAAAUUAAAGCAACACAGGCAGAAAGCAAAGGACUGGUUUUGUGACUUCACAACUAAUAUCGCUGCUGAGUCUGACCUACAAUUAGCUGCAAUUACUUCCCGAAAACACAAGCAGUUCUGUUUGGAGCCGAUGGGAGAUAAACCUGUACAUGAUCUUCCUGGAAUUGGUCGUGUGCUGGGCGGGCGACUGCAGGGCAGCGGUAUAAGCCAUGCACGGGACAUCGAGGGCCAUUUCCUGGUCUUCAACCAGAACCAGGAGAAGUUUGGGAACUGGCUUAGAGACACCUGUGGGGCAAAUGCUAAGCAGCAGAGGGACUGUUACAAUGGUCUGAGAGAAUGGACAAAAAAUAAUUUGUAA